AGUCCUCUCCAGUGGGGCUCGGCGUUAUGGCUGCCCCCGUUCCCGAUGUGGAUGAGGACGAGUGUCUGACCGAGUACCGUCACCUCUUCUCCCCGGACCUGCUCCGGGACCAGGUGGCCUUCAUCACUGGCGGGGGCUCUGGGAUUGGGUUCCGCAUUGCAGAGAUUUUCAUGCGGCAUGGCUGCCACACGGUCAUCGCCAGCAGGAGCCUGCCCAGAGUGUCGAUGGCUGCCAAGAAGCUGACUGCGGCCACCGGCCGGCGAUGCCUACCCCUGGCUAUGGAUGUCCGUGCUCCCCCAGCCAUCAUGGCCGCUGUGGACCAGGCCCUGCAGGAGUUUGGCAAAAUCAACAUUCUUGUCAACUGUGCAGCGGGGAACUUCCUGUGUCCUGCCAGCGCGCUGUCCUUCAAUGCAUUCAGGACCAUAAUGGACAUCGACACCAUGGGCACCUUCAAUGUGUCUCGCGUGCUCUACGAGAAGUUCUUCCAGGACCAUGGGGGGGUGAUCGUCAACAUCACAGCGACCCUAGGUUUCCGGGGGCAGGCGCUGCAGGUGCAUGCCGGCUCUGCGAAGGCGGCCGUGGAUGCCAUGACCCGGCACCUGGCUGUGGAGUGGGGUCCCCAGCACAUCCGUGUCAACAGCCUGGCCCCAGGCCCCAUCCAUGGCACAGAGGGGGUGCGGCGACUGAGUGGCCCCAUGGCCAACAGGAGCCCACACGUCCUCAGCAGCCCCCUGAGGAGGCUGGGCAGCAAAACGGAGAUUGCCCACAGCACGCUCUUCCUGGCCAGCCCGCUGUCGUCCUACGUGACUGGGGCCCUGCUGGUGGUGGAUGGCGGUGCGUGGCUGACGUUCCCCAACCAGGCCACGGACCACAUGAACUCUGCUGCUAAGCUGUAG